AGCAGAUUGGAGAAAAAAUAAAAUAGCAAAUCCCUAAAACUGAAUCGGAUUGAGCAGCAGCAGCACACAAUCUCACAUCUUGUAGAAGAAGAAGGAGAAGAUGGGGUUACAAGGUCAACUCUCCGACGUCUCCUCCGAUUCAAUCCCUCUGAUGCUCGUCGCUCUCCUCGCCACUCUCUUCAAACACGUCCGCUCCUUCUUCCUCCGCUUCUCCGCCCUCUCCGUUGUCGUCGACGAUGCUGCUGCUUCUGCCUCCGUUACUUCAGGACUCGCGAACCUCGCCGUACUCGCAGACCAGCUCAAACUCAACAGACUCUUCUCCUACAGCUACGUUGGUAACGCCGCCUCGGACUGCAUCGUGUGUUUGUCUACGCUUAAGACCGGAGAAGAAGUGAGGAAGCUGGAUUGCAGACACGUGUUCCAUAAACACUGUUUGGAAGGUUGGCUCCAGCAUCUUAAUUUCAAUUGCCCGCUUUGUAGAUCUACGUUGCUUGGCCAUGGACAUGGAGAAGGUGGACCGAGCUCUCUUCACUCAGCAGCCACUGCUUCUCGUUGAGUUUCUUUUUUUUUUAUGAUAAAAAAAAAAAAAAAAGGAAAGAGAGAAGAAGAGUUUGGGCGUUUUUUGAUCUCGUUGCUUUCUCCUCUUUUCUUUUGGGUGUGAUUAUUUCUUCAAAGAGGGGAUUUUUCGAAAUUCACUUCUUUAUAUAUAUGUUUUCGUUUCUUUUUUUUUUUGAGGAAUCUCGAAUUCUUUUUGUUUUUCAAAUUUUCGGAGUGUGUGUGUUGAUGUAAAUCUUUAGUAUGAGAAGUGUUGUUAGUCUUUUGCGUUAAGAUUUGUGUCUUGUUCA